UACUGCAUAUCUCUCUCUAUCUAUCCUUUGCUUACCACCCCCACAAGCGAGACAAAAAGUGUAGAGGAAAAAAAAUGUUGUACAUAUCAACAAUCCAUGCGAGCGCUCUGAGCGCCACUUCCCCCGCUCUCACCUCACUCCACCACCGCCUCCCCCGACCACCACCACCACCACCACCACCACCACCAAAACCCUUCGUCUCCUCCAUCUCCUCUUCUAACCCUAAUCCCUCUCUCCUCAUCCACUCCUCUCUCCCUCCCCACAAACCCCGAACCCUUCUCCAAAAACCACCACCUCGCUCCCCCUCCACAUCCUCUUCCGCCGCCGCCGCCGCCGCCGCAGCCGAUGCCCUUGAAACCGCCGCCGAAGAAUCUAAGGAGCUCCAGGGAGGAGAAAAGCAGAAGCUGAGGGUGGUGGCGAAGACGAUGGAGAAGCCGCGGCUGGUGCUAAAGUUUGUGUGGAUGGAGAAGAACAUAGGGUUGGCGCUGGACCAGGUGAUACCGGGUCACGGGAGCGUCCCGCUGAGCCCGUACUACUUCUGGCCGCGGAAGGACGCGUGGGAGGAGCUCAAGUCGAAGCUGGAGGAGAAGCAGUGGAUCUCGCAGAAGCGCAUGAUCAUCCUCCUCAACCAGGCCACCGACAUCAUUAACCUCUGGCAACAGAGCGGCGGCAAUUUGUAGUUUCUAUUUGUUCCUUUUCGCUGCCGGAAUCAUUUCUUGUUUUUGUACCGAUCGCCUUCCUAAUUUGUUGUGCCCGGUGGUUUACAUUUCCUGAUAUCAAACUGCCUUAUUUGCUGUAGUAAGUAUCACAGAGUUUGAAAAAUGAGAUUGCUUUGUAUUAUGCUAGGCUUGUUAAUGAUCUCCUUUAUUUUGUUGAUAAAUAUAAUCAUUUUUCUAUUUGUGAUA